AGAGGGAGAGAGAGAGGUGUGGGUAUAAGAUCAGAUGAAAGAAAAGCGAUUCUGUGUUCAGACACCAUGCCGGUCAGGAACUGCUCAUGGAGAGCACCAGUGGAGAAACAGCGUCCUUUUCUUCGCCAAAUUUCUCUUGAACUGAAAAUCUAAAAGAGGAAUAAGAUGGACGAACUCUCAAGCUUUGCUUUCACCCACAACAACUCUAAACACUCCUGGUCUGUGGUCAGCAAUAACCAUACAGACACUGACUUCUACACUUUUAACCUCCUCCUCUCCUGCUUUUACACUGUCUUCCUCUUCCCUCUUGGCCUCGUGGGUAACAUCCUGAUCCUGCUGGUGAACCAGGACUCCUGCCAGCAGAGGAGCAGGCCGGACCCUUACUUCACCAACCUAGCGCUGGCCGACCUGGUGCUGGUGCUGGACUCACUGAUCGAGGUGUUCAACCUGAGCGCACAUUACUAUGACGACGCAGUGCUGUGUACUUGCAUGGCGCUCUUCCUGCAGGUCAACAUGUACAGCAGUGUCUUCUUCCUCACCUGGAUGAGCCUGGAUCGCUGUUUGGCUCUAACAGGCCUAACAUCUCAUGCACUGGCUGCUGCUCAUGGCUCAGUGAGCCACCAUUCAGGCCUCACGUGCGCUGCCAUCUGGGUGGCUGCUAUAGCCAGCACCCUGCUGCCGUUCACCACAGCUCAUGCCCGUCAUGGCUGGGGGCGGGGCUUUUGCUUUGCAAGUGCACCCGAGGUCCAGUGGCUAGAGGUGACGCUGGGCUUCGCUGUGCCGUUCUGUGUUAUUGGUGUGUGCUACGCCCUGAUCGGUCGUGUGCUGUUACGGUCCGGACGGACACAUCGCACCAAGGCGCUUCAGAUGAUUGCGACUGCUGUCAGUGUCUUCUUCGUGUGCUGGCUGCCUGAAAAUGUCUUCAUCAGUGUUCACCUGCUGUGCGGGACCACCGAACCAUCACGCCGUCGUGGCAACAGCACACUGUGGCAACAGUACCCGCUGACAGGUCAUGUAGUCACGUUGGCCGCGUGUGCCAACAGCUGCCUGAACCCGCUAGUCUAUGGCCUGCUGGGAAAAACCUUUAGACGCAAACUGCACCUCUUUCUCAAGAAUCACCUGUACUGUCAUGAUGCACCCCAACGAACCACAAACGUGACCCACGUGCGCUUCCAUCAUGGCCUGCGAGUUAAGAUCACACACAAUAUAUGCACUAGCCACAGCCAGGAGGAGGGGGAGGAGCAUGAGCGAGACAGAAUGUGUGCGUGAGCAGCGGAGUACAAAAGAAUUGCGUGAAAGUCGAAUUGUCUAUUUGAACCACAAACACCUCUCAGAUCUAGUUAUCAAUGUAAAUCCUGUGGAACACAUGUAGGGCUGUGCUUCCAUGGUGUUGUGCUGAUUGUAUUAAGUGAUACCUUUUUAAUCCCACAACUGGGGAAAUUCCACCUCCACAUUUAACUCAUCCCUGAAGUGAAACACCACAU